AUAAUAUUCAGUUUUUAAUGGCCGACAGUUGUGCAGACAGUGACGACGAUUCUCAGUCUAAUGGAGAUGAAAACUGUCAGGAUAAUUUACCGGGAAAAUCCCAAGUCAAACAGACAAAUGUGAAUCCGAAAGAUUGGGAUUAUGAGUGUGCUGUACUUCGAGUUGUCUCUUGCCUUUUGAUACUCUGUAUAAUACUUUUCCAGACAUAUAUGGAUUACAGGGCAUUUCAGAUGUUGGAAUUCUCCAAGGAUGAUUAUGAUGAGUUACUUCCCCUUGGCUCCCCCUGUGCUUCGGACACUAUUUUUGUGUGGCCGUCUAAAGGACAUGGGGAUUUAUGGGCCUGGGAGCCCGCGGAUAGAACACUUAAAGUCAAUACGACAUUAUUUAUUAGAUGAUAUGUCAUUUGUUUUACAUGAAUUUUAAGAGUUGUUGAUAUUUAUCAUAUAAUAUUGCAAAUAUAUUUUCAGAUCGUACUUGGCUGUGAGUUAAGUUGUUUUAUAUUAUCAAUUUUUUAAAGAUUGUUCAUUUACUUGUUAUGAGUCACACGCAAAAGCAAGACUGUUAUAAAUGGAGUCAUAUAGUUUCAUGUAUGUACAAUGUAUGUAUGCAUUUAAUUUAAGAUCAAUUUUAGAAUUUUAUUAAAGCAUUACAUUUGAUCUUAGUUUUACGUAAAAAGCCAGUUAGCAUGCAGGUGCAAAGUUGCCAUCAUGCAUACUGCCUAGUUUUUUUUUUGAAUUUUAAGUUUGACCAAAGAGCCAUUGGAGCCUUCUGUUGGUGUGAUGAUUUCUUGCCUUAUUUUUCUGUACACUACAGCAGUGUUUAUUGGUGCCUGGAAACGUUUCCUUACAUGUUUACAUGGUUUAACAUUGUACAUUUAAUAUGUACAAAUGUAAUUGAGUCAUUUGAUUUGGUGGUGCUGUUUCAUACAAAUUAAAUAAUUUUUGUCCUUAUCCAAGAAUUUGUGUUACCGUAUAAUCCCUAUUAACCGCCCCUGCCCCUAUAAGCGCCCCCUUAGGUCUUUUUCAAUUGUCAGGAAAUAAGGGCCCCCUGUACAGUGAUUAAAAUCAAUGAGAAUCGUAUCAAAAUAUUGAAGAAAGUGAAAAUUAAACUGAUCUAUUAUCCAAUUUUUCAAUGGAAAAUGAAUAAUUUAGCAUAAUUUGGGUGGAUUAUCUUCACUUUAAGUAAAGUUAGACAUUAUUUUAUUGGUUCCUUGUAUUUAUUUUUUUUUCAAAAGAUUUUUUGAAGUUAAAGUAUGACAUUGAAUAUCAUAAAUAGAGUACCAAAAUAACCGCCCUCUUUUUACAAUUUUCUAAGCGCCUGGGUCGGUUAAUAGGGAUUAUACGGUAUUUAGACUUUUUUAAUGCAGUAUGAUGCAGUAUGCAAAAUGUUUGAGAUGAAAGUUUAAACAUUUUAUAGAGUAUUUGUUAGAGGGUUGAUCCAAAAGUUACGGAAGAAACAGUUACGAUAAUUAAUCAGACAAAUAGCGGAGAGAAUGUAAGUAGGAGACUUGAUUAUAGAUGGUUUCAGUAAUUUUAAGCGGGUCAUGGGUCGUUUAGCUAUCAGGAGAGGACAGAAAGACCGAAAAUGGGAAGUCGGGCGGAAACGUUCAAUGGUGUCUGACGUUGUCCAAAAAGAGAGACGGUUAGAUGUUAUGAAAAACUUUAAGUUUGUCCUAUGGUACUGUUCAAAGAAUUUUGACAGAAAACUAAAUUAUGUAUAGAGCAAGUGUACAAUGGGUGCCAAUAAUUCUUUUAAAAAAAGAAAUAUAUGUGAAUGUGUUUGUGAAUCUCAAAUAUAUUUAAUAAAACAAAGGGGAAACGUUUUCAAAAGUGUACGACGGCGUGCAUCCAUCAUAUGACGUUAUUUAGGUGCGGCGACUACCAUAAUUGCAGUUUGUAUACAAUUCGAUAGUUUGAAAAGUAUAAAUAAUUUUAAUUUAAUUUUUUCAGGACUGAUUUGGAAUAAAUAUAGCUUCGAUCAUAUAUAAUUUCGAUAAUUUGCGUCGACUAGUAGCACUUUUAUCAAAGUUGUGACAUUACUUUUGGAUCAACCUUCGUAUAUGGAAACUUCAGGCUUUUUUGGGGAAAGCAUCAGAAUUGUUCAUUAUUUAUGUACAUUCUGUUUUUUUUUUUUUAAAUGAAAGUUGUAAAAUAUUUGUGAUUUUGUACUUUUUUUAUCACAUCUAAAUUAACUAAAGAAGCUGAUACUAGAAAAUGGAUUGAAUAUUCCAGCAACUUUUCCUCAGGUACUGCUCUCUUUCAGGAGAAGUUUUAGUUGUUAGAUACAAAUUAAUUACAUGUAUAAAAGAUAUUUAAUAUAGAAAAAAAAUACUGUCAUGUUAUACCAAACUACAGUAAAAUCUGUCUAGUCUGACAUCUUUGUAAUCUUUUUAACUGUGAAUUCUUUUAUAAUUUAGAAUCCAUUUUACAACUCUCUGUAUGUUUGUGUAUUUUCUGGGUAAGAAUUUGUGGCCUGGUGUUUGUCAUAAUUGUCAGGUUUCACUGUGUAUUAAUUUACUCUAAAAAAAGAAAUAGCAGUGCCAUUGUUAUUGUGAAUCAAUUUAUUUUAAUGCAUUACCAAUUGUCUCAUUAAUAAAUGAAUGAAGAAACCUGA